AUCAAGAAAUGGCUCAGCUUUGUUGUUGUUUGUUUUUUGCCAUUGAUCAUCCUUGUUAGCAUUGGUGGUGGUGGUGGUGGUGUUGUUGUUGUUGGUGGUGGUGUAAGCGGUAGUGGUUGUGGUGGUGGUGGUGGUGGUGGCUCAUUGUCACCCUGUAAUGGAAGGGGCGGCAUCGUCGGGGGCACCGAAGAAGGUGAUGGUUGUCGCCGACCCAACACGCGAGUCGGCGAAUGCACUUCAAUGGGCUCUUUCUCAUGCAGUACUUGAGAAAGAUGAACUUUUUCUCUUACAUGUAGAACAACCCACAUCAUGGCGUGCCACAUUCUCUACCUUCCUUAGAAGACCUUCCAGUUCUUCAAUGGAAGCAGCCAUUAUUAAUGGUGGUGGAGAUAUAGAUUUUCUUGAUUUGAUGAAGCAUGCUUGUGAGGCUGCUCAGCCUAAAGUUAAGGUACAUAUAGAGAGGGUGGAAAUAGAUGGAAAGGACAAGGCCUUUACCAUUCUAAUGAAAACUAGGAUGCUCUCUAUUGAUAUCCUUGCCAUAGGCCAGCGACGUAGUCUCUCCAAUGCUAUAUUAGGCUAUAGGCUGAGUGGAGGAUCUACAAAAGGGACAAAAGGGAUAGAUACAGCAGAGUAUUUGAUUGAGCACAGUAAGUGCACAUGCGUUGGAGUUCAGAAGAAGGGCCAAAAUGGAGGAUAUCUUCUUAACUCCAAGAAACACAGAAAUUUCUGGCUUCUUGCGUAGUUUGAGCUCUUUAUGACACUGGGUUUCCACCAUGGUUUGGGUUCAUUCAGUUCAUUGAUAGUUCUCAGAUCACCCAAUUUUUGUUGAUUCUUGGUGUUAGCAGAGAGGGAUAGUUUACUUUGGUUAUAUGGUUUUCUAAAUCAAGUUGCCAUUUGCCUUGUAUAAUAGUGAAUGAACAGAUUACUGUUGUGUAUUUUGCAUUGCAUUCUUUAUCCCUCUCCUCCUCUCUGCUAUGGAUUCAAUGGUUUCAUAUAUUUUUUUUUUCUUUUUCUAUGGUUUUUCUCUAAUGUUUUUAGUGUAAAUAUUCUUAAAUACAAUCAUGUAAAUACUUUCUAUCCUCUUAUUUUCUCCAUUUUUCCCUACUUUGUUUUGUAUGGAUCCUUGUAGUCGACCCCAUUAAGUUGGGAUAAGGCUGAAUUUGUGUUAUGUACAACCAUGUGGACAUGAGAUAUCCACCCUUGCACACCCUGGCCGACAAAAACCCGAGACUUGCUGGUUUAUUUCGAAAAUGAACCAAACAAAUCUAUGAAUCUU